UUCUAAUAAAUAAGUAGAACUCUGCCACGUGUCAAUCUGUAAGACCUACAAAAUAGAGUUUUCCCGCUCAUUUUAUUCAUCUAUAUUUACGUAAAUGCCAUACAAUCCAAAUUCAAUAAUUCCGGAAAAAUCUGCAAACAAAUAUGUUAAUCAAUCUUCAGAUUCGAAAAACACGCAUUAAUUUUGAAAGUUUGUUUAUUUUGAUUGCAAAUUAAAUCCCUAAAAAUCUGCAAUAUUAUUCUUUUUCAAACGUAAUCUUCUUAAUUCUUAUUCUUAUUUAUUCAAACGUAAAUAGCAUUCAUACCGUUAUUUUCUUUUUACCAUUCUGCUCCAGACGAAUUCUGCUCCAUAGUAAUAUUUGCAAACGUAUUCUUCUUCAUUCUUCUUGAUUCUGCAACGCUUCAAAAAUUAUAAUAUCAGGUUAGUGUAUUAAAAUAUCAGCAUUACUAAUAUUUCUAACCUCUUAAUUGUUUGAUUUACCAGUUUCUAUCAUUUUUCAUUUUAUUAGUGAUGUUCUUCUUCUUCCUUUUGCUAAUUCUUCUUAAUCAUGUUCUUUUUCUACCUUUUCAGUUUAAAAGACGAAAUUAGUAAUAAAAAUGAGAACUUUAUUUUCUUUAAAAAAAACUGUUCUUCAAAGCUUUAACUAUUACAAUAUGUUUUUUUUUGUUUUGCUGUUUCAUUUACUUUGAUUUGCUGUUAAUUUAAAAGGUUGCUAAUUUUCCUUACAAUUCUAUAAUGAUUAAAUUUAUUGCAGAAAAUGGAAUUCAUAUGCGAACCCAACUGAUUGGCAAUAUGUCAUUUUUUUUUUAGUUCAUUCGCAUUUGAGUUGUUUGUCUCACCAAAUACGAAAUGAAUAUUAACCAUAAUCACCUUCGCAUCUUUAACCCCAAUCCAUACAACCUCAUAUGCGAAACCCAAUUUUGAUUUGUAUUACCAAAUGCGAACAUUUUUGCUUUUACACGUGAACUGCAUUUGACUCCAAUAUGCGAACAUCUUUAACCCCAAUCCAUACAACCUCAAAGCUUUAACUAUUACAAUAUGUUUUUUUUGUUUUGCUGUUUCAUUUACUUUGAUUUGCUGUUAAUUUAAAAGGUUGCUAAUUUUCCUUACAAUUCUAUAAUGAUUAAAUUUAUUGCAGAAAAUGGAAAUAGGAAAUAAGGUUUACCUAAAUAACAUUGACCAGAUAGAUGAAAAAUCGCAUAUCAAGGUUCGGGUGCUUAAAAUUUGGAACUUUGUCAGAAAUAAUAAAGUUUGUUCCAUUGAAAUGAUCAUCAUGGAUGAGGAGGGUACACAAUACCAAGCUCGUGUCUUCAAUCAGAAUUUCUCCAGAUUUCGUCAUCUUUUAAAGGAAGAUGAAAGUUAUAUAGUUAUAAAACCCAAUAUGGCUGCUGUUACUAAUGGUUUUAGUUAUACAGGUCAUAAACAGACCUUAACUUUGGAUUGGAAAAGCAUCCUAAAAAAAUGUGAUGAUUUCUCGGGUCCGGUCAAUGGAUUUAUGUUUGUUGACUUUAAUUCUAUCAUAGAACAAACAUGCCCAAAAGACACAUUCUUUGAUGUUAUUGGACAUAUCGUGUCAUUUAGGCCUCUUGAAACUUCAAAUCCAGUACCAUCCAAGCAUUAUAUAAAAGUCACUCUUAGCAACCUAGAUUCUGUACAUCUGAAGGUUACUAUUUUUGGAAGUCAAGCAUAUCAAAUUUCAGAAUACCUAAAAAAUAACCCGACUGUUAAUUUUGUUGUUAUCGUGAUGCAGUUUUUGAAGCUAAACAUUUGGAAUGGUCUUGGUGAAGCUAAAAGUCAUUUUGAAGAAAUGAAGUUUUUAUUAGUUGCUUCCAUUGUUAAUAUAAGGCAGAAUCUACCAUGGUAUUAUGAAGCAUGCAAAAAAUGUGGAAAAAAAAUUAUCCCUGUUCCCAAAACCAAUCAUUCGUAUACCAACCCUGAGGGAAUUUCAGAAACUAUGGUUGUCGAGUGUACAAAUGCACAAUGCAAAAAAUCUGAAUUUCAGUAUAUAAUUCCAAUUAACGUACAAGAUUGUACUGGAACCAUUGGAUUGACUCUUUUUGAUAGGGAAGCAAGGAGGCCGGAGACAGUGAUGCCUUUAUUUCCAAUACAACUUAAUGUGUUGAAAAACCGCAAGUUUGGUUUUGUUGUAGAUAUUACAGAAUACAAUGUCAACAACUAUAAUAACAUCUACACAGUUCUCAGAGUUACAGAAGAUAUGUCUAUUGUUUGUGAAUUGGAAAGUAAAAUAGAACUUAUGAGUAAUCAAUCUGUCUCCUUAAAUCAAGUUGCUUUGGAAUCCGAUGAUGUUGUACAGCCUGUUCAAAAGGAUGUGAUCUCACAAACAGACGAAAGUUUUACACCCUCAACAGUUGAUAAGUCAACCGCAACAAGUCCUUGCAAAAUAUCAGGUGAUUUGAAGCGCAACCUCCAAGAAAUUUAUGAUGUUGAUUCUGGAUAUGAUUUAAGUUCAACUAAGGCUAAAAGAAAGUCAACCGCAGAGGAAACUCCACUCUUGAUUCCAAAAAUUGAAAAGUGA